AUGUAUUUACUAGCAGCACCCAUCUUCAAAUGCCUGGACUCCACCACACAGCGGAUCAUUGUGGACACCAGGGGAUCGUCACACCGUCUGCAUCCCGGCGAUCACGCGAUCCUCUUCGACAUGAUCCGCUUCGUGGUGCAGCACCGCACCGGAAUCCAGUUAGCCGCGAUCUAUUUGGUGGGGAUGGAGGAGCGGCUCAUGCUGGGAACCGUUAAGGACACUUUUCGGAGUACCCAGUGUGCGAUGCACGCGGCGGACCGUCCACGUGCACGACGGUAUGCCGUGGAAGGGUACGAAUUUCUCCUCAAUGACUUCGUCGCAUCGUGGAAGAACUGCCCGUGUGUGGCGAUCUACCUGGUCCACUGUUACGUGCAUCUGGAGUACGGCGGGAAGAGACUGGUGAUCCCGGUUCCCGCUGCGCGACUCACGAUGCCGGAUAAUGACGGGUGUGCGUUGUGGGAUGCACUGGACGCGGCGCUGCCGGUGCUGAGUGAUCGGCAGCUGAACAAGAUGGCCCGUUGGUUGGGAGACCAUGAUCCGCUGAGCGCUGCUUUCAGGAUGAUCCGCAAGAUGGUGUGCGCCGUGCAGACUGCUGAUCCGUGGCCGUCACUGCAUUAUCGCGGGAAGCAGUGGUGCGUGGACGGACUGAAGGGCGUACAGCUGCACCGGCUGUCCCGCAUCACGCUGCACUUCCUGCUGGAACUGACCAAAUUCCCCGAGUUCCGCGAUUCGGGAUUCCCCGCUAACCCGUCGGCAUGGUGCCAGCCGGGUCAAUUUGUUUUGGAUGACUGA